GCCGGCCAACGGGCGAAGGAGCGUGAGGAGCAAAGGAGGGGAGAGAGAGAGAGAGAGGGGUGCGGGAGCGCGCGCCGCACGCACGGACGCACGCACGCACGCCGGAGCCGGGAGCGCGCCGGGCUGUUGCUCCUCCUGCCCGCCGCUGUCGGCGCGACUCUCUGAGGCGAAAAAAGGGGCUCCGCGGCGGCGGGACCGGCCCGCCAUGGAGUGACCCCCCCCCCUGCCUCCCUCCCUGCCCGCCUUCUUGCCUCCCUUCCUCGGCGCGGGGCGCAGAAGGCGCUGAGCCCGCUCGGCUGCCCUGGCCGCCGCCGCCGCGCCCCCUCUGCGUGCCCGGCCGCCGGCGUGAGGGGGAGCGAGCGAUGGCGGCGCGGGGCGCCUGGCGGCGGCUGCUGCUGCUCAGCUCGCUCUGGGUCGCGCUGCUCGGCGGGCAGCGCCCCGACUCGGCCGCCCGGAGCGCCGCCGCUGCCGCCGCCGCGCCGCCUCAGCAGCAGCCCGCAGAACCCACGGUGAGAACCUUUACUCCGUUUUAUUUCCUAGUAGAACCAGUGGACACUCUGUCAGUUAGAGCUUCUUCUGUUAUACUGAACUGUUCAGCAUAUUGUGAAUCACCUCCAAAAAUUGAAUGGAGAAAGGAUGGGACUUUCUUGAACUUGGUAUCCGACGACCGCCGGCAGUUAUUACCAGAUGGAUCUUUGUUAAUCAACAGCGUUGUCCAUUCCAAGCACAAUAAACCUGAUGAAGGUCAUUACCAGUGUGUGGCAACGGUGGAGAAUCUUGGCACCAUUGUAAGCAGGACAGCUAAGCUUACAGUUGCAGGGCUUCCAAGAUUCAUUACCCAGCCAGAGUCUGCCUCUGUCCAUAGAGGAAACCCCAUAGUUCUUAACUGUGAAGUUAAUGCUGAUCUAGCACCAUUUGUCAGGUGGGAGUUGGACCAUCAGCCCCUCUUUCUGGAUGAUCGUGUACUCAGAUUGCCAAGUGGAACUUUAAUUGUCAGCAAUGCUACAGAUGAGGACGCCGGAACAUACUGUUGUGUUAUUGAAAUUGGUGGAUCUCCCAAAUACAGUGACGAAGCAGAGAUUAAAGUUCUUCCAGAAUCUGACAUUUCUUCAGACCUGCUCUUCCUGAAACAGCCCCUUUCCCUCACCAAGGUGACUGGGCAGAGCGCAGUUUUACCGUGUGUUGCUGCAGGCAUUCCUGUUCCUCUGAUCCGAUGGACAAGAAACGCAGAAGAGCUUGUUACCGAAAAUUCUCACAAAUUUCUGUUCCUGUCUGGGGGAACUCUGAAGAUAAAUGUUAUCAGCGAAGAUGAUUCAGGAACAUAUACUUGCAUCGCGGAUAAUGGGAAUGAAACUAUUGAAGCUCCAGCUGAUCUCACUGUGCAGGUGCCUCCCACGUUUCUGAAGCAGCCCACUAAUAUUUAUGCACAUGAAUCCAUGGAUAUUGUGUUUGAAUGUGAUGUGAGUGGAAAGCCAACUCCCGUGGUCAAAUGGGUAAAGAAUGGAGAUGUGGUUAUCCCUAGUGACUACUUUAAAAUUGUAAAUGAGCACAACCUACAGGUUUUGGGUUUGGUGAAAUCAGAUGAAGGUUUUUAUCAGUGUAUUGCAGAAAAUGAUGUGGGAAAUAUACAGUCUGGAGCCCAGCUGAUAAUACUGGAUCAUGAUGUUGCCAUCCCAACAUUACCUCCCACUUCACUGACCAGUGCCACUACUGACCAUCUAGCACCAGCUACAACUGGACCUUUGCCUUCUGCCCCUCGAGACGUUGUGGCGUCCCUUGUGUCUACUCGUUUCAUCAAGCUAACAUGGAGGACUCCUGCAUCUGACCCACAGGGAGACAAUCUUACCUACUCAGUGUUCUACACCAAGGAAAUGAGUAACAGGGAGCGUGUUGAAAACACCAGUCAUCCCGGAGAAAUGCAAGUGACAGUCCAAAACCUGAUGCCUGAAACAGUAUAUAUUUUCAGAGUGGUUGCACAAAACAAACAUGGACCUGGGGAGAGCUCAGUACCGUUGAAAGUAGCCACCCAACCUGAGGUUCAGCUUCCAGGUCCAGCCCCCAACAUUCGUGCGUACGCUACCUCUCCCACAUCAAUCACUGUUACUUGGGGUACACCCUUAUCUGGCAAUGGUGAGAUUCAGAACUACAAACUGUAUUACAUGGAGAAAGGGACAGAGAAUGAACAGGACAUUGAUGUUGGAGGUCUUUCCUAUACAAUAAUUGGUUUGAAAAAAUACACAGAAUAUAGUUUCAGAGUUGUGGCCUACAAUAAGCAUGGUCCAGGAGUCUCUACUCAAGAUGUUGUCAUUCGAACCCUGUCAGAUGUUCCCAGUGCUGCGCCCCAGAAUCUAACACUAGAAGUGCAAAACUCCAAGAGCAUUAUGAUGCAUUGGCAGCCGCCUCCCACAGGAACACACAAUGGGCAAAUUACUGGCUAUAAGAUUCGCUACCGAAAAGUGAUACGCAAAAGUGAUGUCACCGAAAUUAUUGUGGGGACACAACUUUCACAGCUCAUUGAAGGUUUGGAACGAGGUACCGAGUACAGCUUCCGAGUGGCUGCCUUAACAGUUAAUGGCACAGGAAUAGCUACGGAUUGGAUAUCAGCAGAAACAUUUGAAAGCGACCUCGAUGAAACUCGUGUUCCAGAAGUGCCAAGUUCCUUGCACGUACGUCCACUUGUAACCAGUAUUGUUGUCAGCUGGACCCCACCAGAAAACCAAAACAUUGUGGUCAGAGGCUAUGCUAUAGGGUAUGGCGUAGGCAGUCCCCACGCUCAGACCAUCAAGGUGGAUUAUAAGCAACGAUACUACACUAUUGAAAAUUUGGAUCCCAGUUCCCAUUAUGUGAUAACUUUGAAAGCAUAUAACAACGUUGGUGAAGGAAUUCCUCUUUAUGAAAGUGCAGUGACUAGAGCCUAUACAGACACUUCUGAAGUUGAUUUAUUUGUUGUUAAUGCUCCAUACACUCCAGUGCCAGACCCCUCCCCCAUGAUGCCACCCGUGGGAGUUCAGGCUUCCAUCUUGAGCCACGACACCGUUCGUAUUACCUGGGCAGACAAUUCUCUGCCAAAGAACCAGAAGGUUUCAGAUGCCCGUUACUAUACAGUCCGCUGGAAAACCAACAUCCCUGCAAACACAAAGUACAAGACAGCAAAUACGACAACCUUAAGCUUCUUGGUCACCGGCUUAAAACCAAACACUUUAUACGAGUUCUCUGUCAUGGUGACAAAAGGCCGAAGAGCAAGCACAUGGAGCAUGACAGCCCAUGGCACUACUUUUGAGCAAGUUCCAACUUCUCCACCCAAAGAUGUAACGGUGGUAAGCAAAGAAGGAAAGCCCAGGACUAUAAUUGUCAACUGGCAGCCUCCAUCUGAAGCCAAUGGCAAAAUUACAGGCUAUAUAAUUUACUAUAACACCGAUGCCAAUGCUGAAAUACACGAUUGGGUCAUUGAACCCGUCGUAGGCAAUAGACUGACCCACCAGAUUCAAGAGCUGACCCUUGACACAGCGUAUUAUUUCAAGAUCCAAGCCCGGAACUCCAAAGGCAUGGGCCCUAUGUCAGAGGCCGUUCAGUUCAGGACACCUAAAGCUGAAUCAUCAGAUAAAAUGUCUAAUGAUCAAGCAUUGGGAUCUGCAGGAAAAGGAAAUCGGCCAGUGGAUGUUGGAACAGAUUAUAAAACACCCAUCAGUGGAAGCAACAGCCCUCAUGGCAGCCCCUCCCCCCUAGAAUACAAUAUGCUUCUGAUAAUAAUUGUGUCUGUGGGAGUGAUCACCAUUGUGGUUGUAGUGAUUGUUGCUGUAUUUUGCACACGACGGACCACCUCUCACCAAAAAAAAAAACGAGCCGCUUGUAAAUCUGUGAAUGGGUCUCAUAAAUACAAAGGCAAUUCCAAGGACGUCAAGCCACCGGAUCUUUGGAUCCAUCACGAGAGGCUGGAGCUGAAGCCUAUUGAUAAAUCUCCAGAUCCUAAUCCUAUCAUGACCGAUACGCCAAUCCCUCGUAAUUCCCAAGACAUCACACCCGUUGACAACUCUAUGGACAGCAACAUUCACCAGAGACGAAACUCAUACAGAGGGCAUGAGUCAGAGGAUAGCAUGUCCACCCUGGCAGGAAGAAGAGGGAUGCGGCCAAAGAUGAUGAUGCCCUUUGAUUCUCAACCUCCUCAACCUGUGGUUAGUGCUCAUCCCAUCCAUUCUCUUGAUAACCCUCACCAUCAUUUCCACUCCGGCAGCCUGGCCUCUCCAACCUGCAACUAUCUCCAUCAUCAGGCAAACCUAUGGCCAGUUGGCACAUCUGUGUCCCAUUCAGACAGGGCUAAUUCCACAGAAACGAUUCGAAAUACGCCCAGCACAGACACCAUGCCAGCUUCUUCGUCUCAGACAUGUUGUGCCGAACACCAAGAGCCAGAGAGUGCGUCGGCAUCCUACCUUCCCAGUACCCAGGAAGAGGAAACGGGCCAGAAUCUCCCCACUGCCCACGUCCGUCCCUCUCAUCCUCUGAAGAGCUUCGCUGUGCCAGCCGUCCCGCCCUCUGGCAGCGCUUACGACCCUGCCUUGCCAAGCACCCCUUUACUAUCCCAGCAAGCUUCUAGCCAUCCAGUUCAUUCAGUGAAGACAGCAUCCAUUGGAACUCUAGGCAGGACUCGGCCUCCCAUGCCAGUUGUAGUCCCGAGUGCCCCUGAAGUGCAGGAAACCACAAGGAUGCUUGAAGACACAGAAAGUAAUUACGAACCGGAUGAACUCACCAAAGAGAUGGCCCACCUGGAAGGACUAAUGAAGGACCUUAACGCCAUCACCACAGCGUGAUCACCUUCCCCAAGGAAUGACUCCAAAUCACAGGUCUUGGGACUUCGCCUUGGAGCACAAGGAAAUGUAUAAAGACUAGGGGACAGCACAAAAGGAGACCUGCCACCAGCCGCAGCAGCAGCAUCAGGGCCUCUUUCCAGUUAGCCAAGUGACUCUUCUUGUUCAUGGGGCUGAAACGGACCUCUUUGAAUGUUGGGAUUUCCGCUUCCUGUUGAAACGAUGAUGCUGAUGCGAAGAAGGGAUGGGGCGACGUCUCAGGCUGAUGGAAUCCAGCAUCCAGACGAAGUUAGCCUCCAUCGGAGACCGCAUUUGUCUCGGAGCUGUGACCUUCCCUGAUUUUUCAGUGUUGGACAUUCACAGUUAUGUAAAAUUUUAUUUGUGUGUUUUUAUUUUAUUGUAUCUUUUUUUUUUAAUUAAAAAGUGUAAUCUGACAAAAAAAAAGAAA